CUCACACCUGAUAAAGCUGGAUCUCACAGGAAAUGAUCCUGGACAAUCAGGAGUUAACCAGCUCAGUGUUUUACUACAGGAUCCAAAGUGUCCACUGAAGACACUGAGAUUUUUGGGUCCUGCUGCAGAUGAAGCCUGUCAGUAUGUGACUGGAAUUGUGGGUAAAAACCCAUUACGCCUGAGAGAACUGAAUCUGAGUGGACUUGAACUAGGAGACACACAAGUGAAUCAGAUCACUGCUCUACUACAGGAUAAACACUGUAAACUCAACACACUGAUGCUGAAUAAUAACAGUAUUACAGAAGAAGGUUGUGCUGCUCUGUCUUCAGCAUUUAAUUUAAAUCCUUCAAACCUGAUAGAGCUGGAUCUGAGUGGAAAUAAACUACGAAACCCUGGAAUAGAGAAGAUCUGUCAUCUGUUAAAAAAUACAAAAUGCAGAUUGAAGAAACUGAAAUUAUCAGACUGUAGUAUCACUGAAGAAGGUUAUAAAGCUCUGGCUUUAGCUCUGAGAUCAAACCCUUCACACCUGAUAGAGCUGGAUCUCACAGGAAAUGAUCCUGGACAAUCAGGAGUGAAGGAGCUCACUGAUUUACUACAGGAUAAAAACUGUAAACUAAAACUGAGGUGA